AUGACACAUAAAAAAGAUAAAGAUAAUGAAAAUUUAUCAGAAAAAUUAGAAAUUCAAAAUAAAGAAAUUAAAGAGAUUAAAUUAUCAAUAAAAGAAAUUACAAGAUCUAUUGAAAAUGUUUAUCAAUUAUUAUUAACCAAUAGGAAUUUAUGUAGUCAUUGUCAACAACAAAAAUUGAAUAAUAGUGGUGGUGGUAUCAACAAUACCAACAAUAGUAAUAAUAAUAAUAAUAAUAAUAAUAAUAAUAAUAAUAAUAAUAAUAAUAAUAAUAAUAAUAAUAAUAAUAAUAAUAAUAAUAAUAAUAAUAAUCUUGUAAAUAAUAACCAUGUAAAUAAUAAUAAUAAUAUUAAUAUAAAUAGUAAUGGCAUAAAUAAUACUAUAAAUAAUAAUAAUAAUGUAAUUAAUAAUAGUAAUGGAAGUAGUAGUAAUUUAUUGGGAACAAUAAAUAAUAGUAUAAGUAAUAGUUUAAAUAAUCAUGAACAAAUUAAAUUUUUACAAAGAAGUAAAACCUUUUCACAAGAGAGUGAUAUUCUUACACAAACUCUCACUGAUAGAGCAAAUUAUUUAAAUAAUAGUUUUCAACAAAUUGGAAAUAAUGGUAAUAGAUCCCCAAGAAAUAUAUCACAACCACCAUCACCAUCUUCACCCUCAUCAUUAUCAUCUUCUUAUUCUUCAACUUCAUCUUCCUCAUAUUUAAUAGUUAAUAAUAAUAAUAAUAAUAAUAAUAAUAAUAAAAAUUGUAAUAAUAGUAAUAAUAGUAGUAGUAAUAAUAACAAUAGUAAUAAUAAUAUAAGUAAUACACCACCAAAAGUACCAAUAUUACAUUUAAAAAAAGAUGUUUCAAAUCCAGGAUUAAUUAAACAAUGGAUAAGUGAUACAGUUAGAAUUAAAGCAGAUGAUAAAAAUGUUGAUGAGAAAAUAAUAAAAUUAGAUAUUGGUGGUAAAUUUUAUUCAACUUCAUUGAGUACAUUAACAAAGUAUCCAAAUUCAAUGUUGGGUGUAAUGUUUUCUGGUCGUUAUGAAUUACCACGUGAUAAAGAUGGUAAAGUAUUCAUUGAUAGAGAUGGUAAAUUAUUUGGUUUUAUAUUAUCCUAUCUAAGGGAUGGACCAUUAUGGAUACCACCAGUUGAUAUGGAUUUAAAGAGAAGAGUCGAGGUUGAAAUGUCCUAUUUCGGUCUCCCAAGUAUUCAAUAUACAACUCAAGUCGGUAUGAGUCCAAUGUCAACACCACGUUGUGUUUGUGAUGUUAAAAAUCAAACACUCGGUCAAAAUAGUGAACAUCAAGGUAUUUGGGAAGAAAUUAAAGGUAUGACUACAGGUAUAAAAUCAUUUAGAUUAUUAAUUACAAUGAAUAAUACAUUAUAUGCAAUUACUGAACGUAUUCAUGAACAAUCAAAUGAUAUUAGUUUAAAUAGUGGCAAUAACAAUAGUAAUAAUAAUAAUGGUAAUAAUACUAGUAAUAAUGUCAAUAGUAAUAAUAAUAAUAAUAGUAGUAUAAUAAUAAAUAAUAAUAAUAGUAGUAGUAAUAAUUUAUUAAAUUGUAAUAUAAGUAGUAAUAGUAGUACAAAUACAAGUGGUAAUAAUAGUCCAAGUUUAAGUGGUGGGUCAUCAUCAGUUACAAUUCAAUUUGAAGAAUAUAAUAUUAGAAGUAAUAGUUGGAGUUAUAUUUGUCCAGUAUUAGAUUCAAUGACUCCACAUUAUUUUGCAGCUGGAGUAGUUGGUGAUAGUAUUUAUGCUUUCCCCGACGCAGGUUUACAACAAUCAAUCUUUAGAUACGAUGCCAAAGAAAUGAAAUGGAAAAACACUGAAACCAAACUCCCAUGUGGUAAAACUGGUUUCAAUUUAGCCGUUUUAGAUGAUUACAUUUAUAUUAUCGGUGGUUAUAAAGGUUCAACUGUAUCUGAUUCUGUGGAAAGAUAUCAUCCAAAAUCAAAUAGUUGGUGUUCAGUUAGUAAUAUGUUAACAAAACGUGCUGAAGGUUCAACUGUAAUUCAUGAUAAUAAUAUCUAUAUUAUUGGUGGUUCAAUUCCAAAUACAACCAUUGAACGUUAUAAUCCUCAUUCAAAUGUUUGGUCAUUCGUUUGUAACCUCAGUAAUGGUCAAUUCAAAGUUUCAACAGCCGCUUCAAUUGAAGGUAAAAUUUAUGCAAUUGGUGCUGAAAAUGAAUCUUAUUCAAACAACAUUGUACUCCAAUUCAAUCCAACUACAAACUCUUGGAAAAGAGUGGCUCCAUUAUUGGCAAAUUCUUAUAAUCCUCAUAGUUCCGUGGUUUUAGAUCGUUUCAUUUAUUUCAUUCCUUGGGGUGGUGGUGGUUCAAAUGUUCAUAAAUAUGAAAGUUGUUUUUGUUAA